AUGACGCGGCGUACAGAGCGUCAACGGCGGUCAGAAAACCUCAUCAAAGCGUUCCUUCAGUACUGCAAAGCACGUGCAACGCACCUUUCACAGCGUGCGCGACGUCAACAACGCUUUCUUCGGCGCACAGGCCAGCCUGAGGGUGCAGACAAUGGACUUGAGUCGAUCCUCGAUGAGCUGCCUGAUGUCUCUACACUGGACGUUGACGUCACCAUGAUCGACCUCGCGCGAAAUUCAUUGGAUUCAGUUCACUCGGCGGCUGCAUCCGCAUCAACAAACGAUACCUCUGAGAGCAGCGGCGACAUUACCUCUGGUGACAAUGAUUCCUCUUCUUUCACCUCUCUUGCCUCCUCCUUUUCUUCACUUUUCUCCGACUCCGAAGUCAACAACAUGCCGGAACUUCUUCCAGCAGGAUACCCAGAUUCAGAUGAGGAAGAUGUGGGUUUGGAUCCUGAGGAUGACUCCUCCAGCUCUGCGGGUGACUCGUCCAACUCUGAAGGAGGCUAUGAUGAGGGAGGGUAUGGUUCUGGGAUAGAUGGGGAUGUUGAGGACUGGGAAGAAGAUGAGUGUGAGAUUGGAGGGUUUGAAGCCACACCAACCGAGACGACGACGACUCGACUUUCACGCGCCGUGCGAGAAGAACUGGUGGAUAUCUACGAUCGGCGUUACGACAAACCACGACAGCCAUUUCCCAGACCACCAGGAACAAUGCCUCACGUUCUCAAUGUCUUGAAGACUGAAAGGCCGGACCAUUUCCGACAAGAGCUUCGUGUCAGCCCCUACACCUUUGAUUGCCUGGUCAGUGCCAUAAUCAAUGACCCAAUCUUCUCUAACCGUUCAUCAAACGAGCAAAUGCCUGUCGAGGAUCAGGUUGCCAUCACCCUCUAUCGAUUCGGUCACUUUGGGAAUGCCGCUGGUUUGGACAAGGUGGCAAAAUGGUCAGGGUACUCGAAAGGGACGGUUGGACUUGCGACACGCCGCGUUAUGACUGCGAUCCUUCGGAAGGAGUUUAUGGACAAGGCUGUGUCCCUGCCGACAGCGGAAGAGAAGGAGGCAGCAAAGGAAUGGGUUGAGAGUCAUUCCUGUAAGGGGUGGCGUGGUGGGUGGUGCAUGGUUGAUGGGACGCUGGUUCCUUUGUUCGACCGGCCUUUUUGGUACGGGGAAAGCUACUUUGAUCGCAAGUGCAAUUAUUCGUUGAAUAUUCAGAUCGUCUCCCUUCCCAAUCUUCGCAUCAUUGACUAUGGCUAUGGUUUUACAGGGAGCACUCAUGACUCUACAGCUUGGGAGGAAACCCGUAUCUUUUUGGAGCAUGUGGAAAUUUUCGACGAGGAUUGA